CACUCGCUGUAGAUUGCAGCCAAACCCCUGGCCUGAGUGAGAGCAGAGCAGAGCAGAGGCAGAACCAGCGGCAGCAGCGGCAGCAGCUCUUGUUCUCCCCCUUUCACUGCACUACAGCAACCUCACUGUCCAGCCCUCACCGCACCGCCAAGACAGUGCACUUCACGCUUAAAGACUGAGUCCAGCGACCAGGAUCAAGACAGAUGACAUGCAGCCUCAGCGGCAGGUGGAAAUCCUGGACCAUCUGAACGGCUCGCGGAUCGUCUUCUCCAACGAUGCCUCCCACAGCACCCUGCACCAGCUGCAGCCUUCCCCCGACCUGACCCAGGAGGUGGUGGUGAUCUCCCCUGGGCUGCCCACUCCACCGCUGAGCCCCUAUCGCACCUCCAGCCUCAGUCACAGACACCACUCUGAGGAGCAGAAGGUAUCAGGGAUCAAUGGAAAUGGCUCUCCAACCCUCAACUUUGGCUCCUACUACGGUCCUUCAUCAUCAACCGGGACUCUGUUAAACGGUGUCCCAGGCAGAACCUCUGCUACCCUGCCCCGGAGGUUCGCCCCAGGGGAGGAGAGGCUGGUAAAAUUCUCUGGCAUUGGCCCCGUGGAUGAGACUGGGAUGCCCAUCGCCUCCAGAUCUAGCGUGAACAAGCCUAAGGACUGGUACAGGAGCAUGUUCAGACAGAUCCACAAGAAGCCACCUGAGCCUGACCUGGGGGACUCCAGGCUGUGGUCUGAAGACAAGACCCUGGCCCCUCCUGAUGUCCCCCCUGCCGGGAGUGCCUCGGACGGGCACAGACUCGAGCAGGACCUCUUCACCCUCACCCCCUACGGCUCCCUGCCUGACUGGAGCGAGCUGGGGGACGGAGACGCGCAGUCCGACCAAGGGAGGCGGCACCCGGAGCCCAGGAGCAUUUUCGACUUCGAGCCAGGACAGAGCACCACCUCAGAGGACCCCGCUCAGGGUCAGAGUCUUCCACAGCAGCCUCUGGUGAAGCCCCACUCUCCAUCCAUUGAGGCGAGUCUGGUCUCAGAGCUGACUCGCUUUGAGGCGGAGCUAGACUCGGACAUCCAGGGCCUGGAGAGGAGGCUGUCUCAGAAACGGCAGCGACGAGGCCGGGGUGAGGGCGCAAGGAGCACCGUCCCAGCGACCGCACCAGGUACGCGGAGUGCACAGGAAACGAGCCCUGUGAUUGGAGCAAAGCAGCCCGUGACCAACAGCUUGGGUGUGGCACCUACCAGUCAUCCAGUUGUCCCCAGCUCCAGUGCCGUGCAAAGGACGUCACCCAGCCACACACAUGGUAGAGGCAAUCCUGCCUCUGCACCCGAAGCCAUGGACUUCCCACUGAAGAGAGAGGAGAAGAAGAUGAAAGCUGCAAGGGCCAAGUUCAAUUUCCAGGCCCAGUCACCCAAAGAGCUGACCCUGCAGAAGGGCGAUGUGGUGUACAUCCACAGACAGGUGGACGCCAACUGGUUUGAAGGAGAGCAUCAUGGGAGAGCUGGUAUCUUUCCAAUCACCUAUGUGGAGAUCAUUCCCCCAACUGAGAAGCCCACACCCAUCAAGUCGCCCACCAUCCAGGUGCUGGAGUACGGAGAGGCCAUGGCUCUCUUCAACUUCCCUGCAGAUCUGCCCGUGGAGCUCUCCUUCCGCAAGGGUGAGCGGAUCUGUGUGACCAGGCGUGUGGACGACAGCUGGCUGGAGGGCCGGAUCCCUGGGACCUCUCGCAGCGGCAUCUUCCCCGCCAGCUACGUCCAAGUCAACAAGAUGCCCCGCACCAAAUCCUCCGACGACUACCCCUCCUCCCCCACCUCCACCUCCCCCUCCCAGCCCCUCAGUCCUGGUCGCCCCCUCCACUCCCCCGCUCCCCGCUCGCCCCUCUCUCCCAGUGUUUUCAGCCCAAGUCCGCAGCCCUCCCCGCUGAAGCAGCACUCCCCUGCACUACCCCAGUCCCCAGGCCCCCAGUCGCGGUCACCUCAGUCUCCCGAUCAUCUCUCCCUCUCGAUGCAGCCCUCCAAUCACUGGCCCAGCACCUCCCCCAAAUCCAACUCCCCCACUCCACAGACCAACCACUGGAGUGGAACACACCCGGCAGCUCAUAAUUCUCUCAACAGAGAGGCAAGAUUAGAACCAGCGCCGUCCAAACAGACCCCUCAAUGGGCAGGUGCCACAGCAAACAUCACUCCCACAUCUGGCUACUCUACUCAGAAUGGAAAUGCCACCAACUCGACACAGCCCAGCCAACACAUCAUGGCUCCACCCACAGCACAGACAUCCACCAAUCCUGGCUCCACAGUGGUCCAACGGCAACCGUAUAAAGCCGUCUACAACUACAAGCCACAGAACAGUGACGAGCUGGAGCUGAGAGAGGGAGACAUUGUGCAAGUGAUGGAGAAGUGUGAUGAUGGCUGGUUUGUAGGUACGUCAGAAAGGACUCGUGCCUUUGGGACAUUUCCAGGGAACUAUGUGGCACCAGUCUAAGUGCUUAUCUCUGCCCUGCCUGCUUCACAAAAUACUGGACUGAGAUGUUUGCCUAUUUAGACAAACUUGCUUUAAGUAGCAUACAAAUCACAGCAGCCAGAUAACCACUAAUGAUGCCCCCCCCCCCCACUUGCAUUCUCCUACAAUUCCCCAGACUCUAUCUCCAUUGCAUGCACACUUGACCACUUGACCAAAGUGGACACUGUUUCUGGAACAGGAAGCAAGGAGGAUCAAAUGGUCAGCCUCUUCACUUUUGGCAUGUUAGGCUUAUCACGUGUGGGACUUGGAGUGUUUUCCACGGCCAUGUGUGCUGCUUCAAUGAGAGUCCAUGAUGCAAGGUCUUACAAGAGUGACGGCAUUUGCUGACGAAGAUGGGGCUGUAUCCCCCCGCCUCCUAAACAACUCCAACCUUUUGUGAAAACCUUCCUUUGGAUUGGAUUAAAUUUGUGGCCUUAUUGAACACUUGGACCUUGUAUCAUUUUGGGAUUUUCAAGUAAAACAUGCUUUGAAGAAGUGCAGUAUACAUCACCGGGUUUAAACCACGUGUCAUUUCAGCACUGAUCUGAAGCCUGUGAGCUGGUGUUUUUGCAACUUACAUCAAAGUGCCUUUAUGCAGGAAAAUGGCCAGAGUGCAUUAUUUCAUAUGACAUCUUCCCUUUUCAAUGCUACUCUGUUGUCCAUGUCAUGUAACAGAAUAUAAAAAGUGCCUACAGACAUCUUUGUAAAGUUUGCCUCCAAUUUAAUUGCAGAUUUGUAACAUCCUCCCGGGUGAACCGAAGACAAAAGUAAUGGAAGCAUGGCUGUUCAGAUAAAUCAAUGGAUCCAAGUCUAAGCUGUUUUUAAAAUAUGGCAGUCUUCAUUCUUUUAAAAAAAAGACUAAGUAGGUCACAUGACAGUUGUGCCAAAUUUUAUUUCACCAAUCCAGACUGCAGGGGCACGCUUUGGAUAUACAGACUUGUACUAUGCCGCUGAACCAGACGCAUCAGCAAAAAGACCUGAUCUGCUUUUUUUUUUUGCACUACUUGCUUUGCUUCAUGAGCUCAUUGUUAGUUAAUCAGUAAUCUUGCUCUGCAGUGUUUGAGAAAGUGGUUGGAACAGAGAAUGUGACAAGUUGUGAGAGAGAAAGUUGUUAGCCUUGAGCAGGACAGCAGGUCAUUUCACCAAGUCACCUGAGGCGGUGUCUUCUGUCCUAAGUAAAUGCAACAGUGCAAAUCAAACAGGGCAAAUAGCAGAGUUCUAAGUAACAAGGAGUGUUGACCAGAGAAGAAUUUAAACAGUAGAUUUGAUGAUUAGGCCACCUCUGCGGUCCACCAGGCUGGCAUACAGGAGCCAUGUCAUUGAUAUUAACGAUCCUUACCAUUUCACAGUGCUUGCAGUGGAAUUGCGAAGGAGACGACAGGCUUAAACACCUUCUUUCUGAAUUGCUCUGAAUUCUGUACGCCACAUGUGCUUUUGUCCGCUGAUGAUUGUGACCAACUGCCCAAAAGGAACAGAAGCAACAGCAAAUUCCUCCAACAAAGGGACCAAAUCAUUUGCCUCACAGAGCACAUUUGAUUUUGUUAAAGCUCAUUUGUACUGCUGCACAAGCUUUUGUUUACCAGCGCUGCCUCUAUAUUGAUUUAAAAAUAAAACCAUAUUUUUCUGACAAAGAUAUUUACAUAUUAUCUUAAACAGCUAAUCAUUUAGAAUCAUGUAGGCCAAUGUAAUCCAUGCUAAAUGCAGGCAAGCCAAGCAUCGAUGUUACAGAGAAUUUUGUGGGCUUUCAUACUAUGUUAUCACAAUGUGUACAUCUACUAGGUCUGUCUUCCCAAAUAAUCUCAUGUUCAGGCAUUUUAAAGUAAGAAGUUAAGGAUCUCAUUCUCAUAUUGAGUGUGUUUGUGACAACCAAGAAGAAUGUCAUGGAAAAAACGCGGAAGACCAGAUGAAGACAAAAAAGAAGAUUCACAGACAACAAAUGCUGAAUGACCCAUGGGUACAGUACGUCUUUGUGUCUCUUUGUUACAAUUUGGCUGAAUAAAAGAAAGCAGGCAUAGCUGGUUCCCAGUUGUACCACAUAUAGAGUAGCACAGACACUGCAAUUUUAAAUCAGCUAAUAAAUUACAGAAAUAAAUAAUAUAUUUUAUUGC